GUGGUUCCUCCUGGAUGAAUCCUGCAUGGGAUGUGUGUGUGUGGGAGGGGGCAUUCCAUUCCCUAGGGUGAGGAUCUGCAUUUUCACUUUGUUCUCGGAAUCACCCUGGGCUGGAGCGCAGCACUGCCCCCAGCCCCCGCCCCUUCCCGUGGAGCCUCCCAGGGGCGAGGCCCCCUGCCUGUCCGCAUCGCGGGGCGCUGGCCGCACAGCCCCGCCCCGGAGCCGCCUCGGGCCUCGCUCCUUCGCCCGUGGCGGGGCGGGCGCUGGUCACGACCGUGCAACCGCGCAGUGGCGCGCAGUGGCGGCGAGGUGGCCGCGGGGAGGGAGGGCAGGGUGCGUGGGACGUGGGCAGGGCCCGGGCGGGGGCGAGGCGGGAGGAGGAGGACGCGGGGCGCCGGGCGGAGAUGGGAAUCCCCGGGACCGCGAGCUGAGCCGCGGAGCGCGCGGGCGGGGCGCGCGGGGGGCUGAGGAGCCUCGCGGUUCCUCCGGGAGCGCAGCACCGAUCCCGAGCCACCGCCGCCGCGAUGAUCCCUCCGAGAGGCGCCCGAGAGGACGGCGGAGGGGACGGGCUGCCCGGCGAGGCGGCGAGCACCGAGCAGCCGCCCUCUCCUGCAUCUACCAGCAGCCAGGAAUCCAAGGAGCAAAUGCAAAGCAUGGACUGCGUUGCAAAGCCUGUAAGAUGAGCAUCCACCACAAGUGCACGGAUGGCCUGGCACCCCAGCGGUGCAUGGGCAAGCUGCCAAAGGGAUUCCGGCGCUACUACAGCUCCCCCUUGCUCAUUCAUGAACAGUUUGGAUGCAUUAAAGAAGUCAUGCCCAUUGCCUGUGGCAAUAAGGUGGACCCUGUCUACGAGACCCUCCGCUUCGGCACCUCCCUGGCCCAAAGAACAAAGAAGGGCAGCUCUGGCAGCGGCUCUGAUUCGCCUCACAGAACCUCUACUUCCGAUCUUGUGGAGGUUCCUGAAGAAUCUGAUGGGUCAGGAGGAUACGACCUACGGAAACGCAGCAACAGUGUGUUUACGUAUCCAGAAAAUGGCACUGAGGACUUCAGAGACCAAGCAAAGAAUGUAAACCACCAGGAAUCUCUUCCCAAAGACCCAUUACAAAUGAACACCUAUGUUGCCUUGUACAAGUUUGUACCACAAGAGAAUGAAGAUUUGGAAAUGAGGCCAGGAGACAUGAUUACUCUACUAGAGGACUCCAAUGAAGACUGGUGGAAAGGGAAAAUCCAAGAUCGAAUUGGUUUCUUUCCAGCCAACUUUGUUCAGAGAGUACAAGAAAAUGAGAAGAUUUUUAGAUGCGUUAGAACCUUCGUUGGCUGUAAAGAACAAGGACAGAUAACUCUAAAAGAGAAUCAGAUCUGCGUGACUUCCGAAGAAGAACGAGAUGGCUUCAUCAGAGUCUUCAGUGGAAAGAAGAGAGGCCUCGUCCCCUUCGAUGUCCUAGAAAAUGUCUGAGUGCCAGCCCUGUUUCUAUCUACCCUUCUCAGAGGCACGCUCUGAUGAGGUGCCUCAGCUCAUGGUGUCAGCCCAGAGAGCAGCCCCACCGCCCUGCCCACCCAGGAAACAGUGAGACUGGACCCCCGAUCUGAGACUAUAAGAGUAACAACCACAAAACAGAGAGUCCAUUCAGCACAUUCAGAUGGCCCAAGGUGGGGGUGAGGCUGAGACAGCCUGUCAGUCUGUUGGCAGAGAGCUGGUGCCUGUCAACACCAGCAUGGAGUCACCACAGGCAUCCCCACCCCAGUCCCCAGGACUCAACUCCCUCACGGUCCAUGUGGUGUAAGUUAGCCGAGCGAAUCCUGCUCUAGUUUGCAGUGUGAUCCCAGUGCAAGACUCAGAUCCCAGUAGCCACAUGUGAUUCUGGUUCAGGACUCUUGUCUCCAGUACUGACCAAUCCUCAUCAUCCACCUGAGAGCCCAAGAAAUCUCUCCAGGAUCAUCAGGAAGGUCUGCUUUCUAGCCGCCAUCAUGACCGAGCUCCCUGCAGGCUCACCUCACUUUGACACUAUGCUGUCUCUUCUGUCCUUUGAGUAAGCCCUGAGAGUGUGCAAUAGGAGAGUUAAGUUGGUGUGUGCAGACAUCAAUGAUAGGCAGUAUUUCCUGUUCCAGUCCUCAACAGAUGUGGCAGAGCAGGACACGGCAUAGAUGUAAAGGGCAAAGGGGCAGGGAGUCCUUAUUGAUGAUUAUUAGCCCUCUCUCUAAGGAGAUGCACCAGGAGAGAAGAAGAAAAUGUGUCCGAAAGUCUCAGUCACGUGUUCCAUUGCAUUUCACACCCCAUAGGACUCCCUUCAAAACGUUGAGCCCACUUGGCUGGGAACCAGAAACGUGGAGGAAAAACAACAGCAGCAGUAGCGAACAAGUGUACCCAAAUCAGAAUUCAUUCUUUAGAGCAGUAUACUAGGCCCUUGCAGAUAGAAAAUGGAAAAGAAUCCUUAAUGCUUCAUCCCUCUGAAAUCAGAGGACCUGGGAACCUACUUAGCAUUAACUAAGGGAAUCUCUAUUACUAUUUACUUGUACUAAUGUUUACAAGAAUGCAAAAUACUGUGAUGCCUUCCUCCUCAAGACUCCUCCUAGCAUUCAGACCUGCAUCCUUCUAGUCGUUAAUACCGUUGCAAAUUUCAAUUCACCGUGACCUUGAAAUCAAUGUCGGUUUGAUUUGUUUUGUUACAGAGCAAUAAAAUCAUUAGAGCAAUUUUUUUCAA